GGUUGUAUCACCCUGUACUACCAUACAGAAGUAAUGGAAAACUUAAAUUCCCCCUCUGUAAAACCUGCGCGGGAAAUGAAAGUCAGACUGAGUGCUUAUGUACUGAUGAAUUACGAGCCAUUGUAGGCACCUAUUGUACCCCGGAGAUAGAAAAGGCUAUAGAACAGGGAUACACACUCCUUAAGAUCUAUGAAGUGUAUCAUUUCCCUAAAACAGAACAAUAUGACCCAACAACCAAAACUGGAGGUAUUUUUACAGAAUAUAUAAACACGUUCCUAAAAUUGAAACAAGAAAGUUCUGGCUGGCCUGACUGGAUAGAAACAGAAGAUGACAAAACUAGAUAUUUGAACAACUACUGGGAAAAUGAAGGGAUACAACUAGACUACAGUAACAUACAGAAAAACAAAGGCAAACGAGCACUGUCUAAACUUUGUUUAAAUAGCUUCUGGGGAAAAUUUGGACAAAAACAAAAUAUGAGGCAAACCUGCUAUUUCCACGAGAGCCAAGAGGACAAAUUCUUUCAGUUGAUAUCGGACGUCUCAAAGAACGUGACAAAUUUUCAUGUGAUCUCAAAAGACAUGAUAAUUAUGGAAUGGGAACAUAACAGAAACUAUGUGCCUGACGAUACAAAGGCUAAUGUAUUUAUAGCAGCAUUUACAACCUGCUGGGCAAGAUUAAAAUUAUAUGGUGUGUUAGAAAUGUUAGAUCAACGAGUGCUGUACAUGGACACUGAUUCAUGUAUUUACAUUAGCAAGGCGGGACUUGCUGAGCCACAGCUAGGAGAUUAUUUAGGCCAAUUAACCAAUGAAUUAAAUCCUGGUGAACACAUUGUAGAGUUUGUAACUACAGGACCGAAAAGUUACGCCUACUUAACAAACAAAGGUACACAAGAAUGUAAAGUAAGGGGGUUCUCUUUAAAAAGUUAUACUAAUAGCAAACUGAUCGAUUUUGAUUUGUUAAAGCAGAUCAUCAUUAAAGACCAGUCCAGAUAUGUAGACGUGUGCAAUGACAGAAAGAUAUGUCGUGAUAAGAAAUCAAGUAUUCUUUAUAAUCGUAAAGAGGUCAAACGUUACAAAAUGGUUUUCACCAAAAGAGUGAUUGGUAAUUAUUAUAACACAUUUCCAUAUGGAUAUUGAUGUAUAUACUGAUGAAUCUACUGAUAUGCUAUAAAAAACCAAGUCGAUUGUAUUUCAUUUCACUUUUUAUUGUGAAAAAUUUCAUAUGUUAUAUUAUAAAUUCAUAUAUUCAUAAUGGAAUAAAAUCAAUAUUUUAACCACUGUAUUUGUUUGUU